AUGCAAAUUUAUGUUUGUGAGGAAUGUGGCUCAGCAUACACUAAUAAGGAAAUUUAUCGUCGCCACCUAACUAUAGUACACUCAAAAAAGGGAUUUUCUGUAGGAAAUAAUGAUGGAAAAGAGGCUAAAUAUCCAGGGAUCUAUCCAGGAUCUUAUGGAGCUAUGGUCUCAAUGAAUAAAACCAGCAGUAAAGAUAUAAAUAAUAAUAAUAAUAAUAUUAAAGAGAGAAUUGAUGUUCCAAGACAAUCAAUUGAUCCUUAUGAACCAAGAGAGAGAAGAAUAUCAGAAUCAUUGAUACAAGGGAUUGCAUCUCAAAGAUUGGCAGAAUAUGUGAAAAACACAGGUACAAAGUUGGUUAGUGAAGACCCAAAAACUAUAUCAAAUUGUCCAGUAGAGAAUUUAGAUGAUAAAAAAGUAACUAAAGAUAAAUAUUCAAGAUCAGAUAUACUGACUGAUAUUGUCAAUCAUUUGAAUUCAAUCGAUUUAGAGACUACUAAACUUUCCCAAUUACCAUAUAUUUUGAAUUUACAAUUGGAAGUAUCAAUGGGACAGCUAACAAAUUGGUGUAAUCAAGUUGAAAAAUAUAUUGAAAUUAAAAGAAAUAAAAGUGGUUUGUUUAGAUUUAAGAAGUUGGGAUUAUUAAAUUCAUUUGAAAAUAUUUUGACACAAUCGAGAGAGUUUAUUAAUAGUACCUUAAAACCAGAAGUUAAGAAGGCAUCAGCAGUAUGUGCAAUACUCGAACAACAAAGUAAAGAUGUAGAAGAUUUGCGUAAGACAGCAAAUAAAUUUUUAAAAAGUGGAAAAUAUUCUAUUGAUGAAAUUGAUGCUCUUGAUAUAAAAUAUAAAAAUAUGUGUAAUACAUUUAUUAGAAAAGUUAAAGUUGACAAUAAAAGUAUGAUUUUUUGGAAUACAACUAUAAAAGAUGUAGAUACUCAAAUUAAUAAUUUGACUAAAUCAUUUAAUGAACACUUGGAAAUUCUCUCAAAAGAAUUCUCAUCUAAAGUGAUUUUUACAUUAUUUCUUCCAAAUCCUAUACUAGAAUUAGAAUAA